AUGUCCGCCGCCCACGCGUCUAUACCCGUUUCCUUAGCUAGUAUAUCUGCAAUUAUCUUGACAUUAGGUAAUGCGAGGCCGAAUGCGUCCGGUAAAAUUACUAGAGCUCUAGAGGUCUAUCAAGGUGGUGUCAGGGUCAAGUCGUUACCACUACAGAGGAAUAAGUGCACCUUCGCGGCUCCAUAUGCAUCAUUCCCUGGAAUAAAGUAUGCAGGUAGAACAGGAGUUUCAACCAUCGAACCCUUUGGGUUGCCAUCGAGUUUAUUCCCCUUGACGCAGUCCGGACAAAGUCCAGUCGACAUUAUCGAUAAGCCACUCAUCUUUAGGCAAUAUAGAGGAUUU